CACGCAAACUCAAAAUUCCAGUGAAGAUUUCCCGAAAUUUCCGGACAAACAUUAACUACACAAACACGAUUUAGAACAAGAAAACGAAAAUGGAGAAAGAACUAACGAAGUGCCAGUGUCCUCCACUCGAAGAACAGAGAAAGCACGUCCGCAAAACUCGAGCGAAAGACCGCGACGUGGAGGCAACGUUGCGCGAGCACACCCAACCCAUACCCAUGUACAAGCCGGUGGAGAUAUUCUGCUACAGGGCGGGAUGCUGCCCGAGCUGCGCCCCGGUGACCGACCUGCCAUCGCCCGCUCCCUGCAAAUCCCUCGGAGUCGACUGCGGCGGGCGCCACGACGUCGAGAUCACCGUCUUCCCGCGCAUCGACGUGAAGGAGAUCGACGCGUGCGUCCGCUGCUGCACGUGCUGCAGCGGCUCGUGCAGCGGCCCCUGCAGGUGCACCAGGUGCCUGGCGUCGCCGCCGCACAACAAGCGACCCUUCGAUUGCGGCGUGCCGUGCCUGCCCAUCGCGCCCCGAUGCCCGGUACCGUUCGGCCUCAGGUGCACCGCCGGGUGCCCGUCGCCGCCCUGCGUGCCGCCGCCCUGUCCUCCUGUUUGCGGCAGCCCGCCGUGCACUUCUUGUUGAUCAGCUUCAAAACGAUGAAACACAUUUAUUACUGCUACUAGCACUAGCCAGUUGUCUCAAUGCUAGAUUUAUCCGAUAUUGUCGAUACCUUUUACAAUACCACACUGGUAUUAUGUACACUAUUAUUUUAAUAAAAUUCUAAAUCGA